AUGGCCGCUCCUGAAAUCAAGAGAGACGAGUUCCUCUACCGCGACACUCUGUUCGUGGACCUCGGAGAGACCAAGCGUCAUGCACGCGCCUCCAUCACCGAGCUCAAGGACCUUCUUCUCCCGAAGAAAGGCAAGCUCCCUGCAAAAGAUCAGGUCGCCCACUGGUACGAAGCCCAGUUGAUCCAUUAUGGCCUGCCGCGCACCAAGGACAAGAACACCGCCAAGGUGCGGUUGACGACGGCUCUCAUUUCCGACUCUCUCGCUGUGCCCGCCCAUAUCUCUCAACUGGAGGCAGAUAUGAAGAAACAGUAUGUUGCAGCUGUCAGAAAGGCAAAGGCUGCUGCUGGGAGCGCCUCAAAGGCUUCGAAAUUGGCCGAAAGUCCUGCAACAAACUCCAAAAAGAGAAAGGCCACGACCAGUGAGAGCCACACAGGCGCCAACAGCACGACCAUCUCCCUCAAGAUCGGCGACGUCAGCCUCGAGGUAGGGAUCCCUACUGCAUCUGCUGCCGGCAGCAAGAAGCAGAAGACGCAAGCUGCAGAAUCCAAGAAGAAAGCGACUGCGACUCCAACAUCCAAGACAAAGGGAACUGCCUACUCCAAAGCGAAGACCACCGCCGCACCGAAGUCGAAAGCAACUCCCAAGGCGAAAGCUGUCGUCAAAGAGCCUGCUUCCAAGGCCAAGACAACCGUGAAGGCGACGACGAUAAAGCCUUCGACGACACAGCCUGGUCCCGUGGUUACAUCAUCAUCUCCCAUGCAGAGAGCUGGUAGACCUAUACAGACUGCCAGACGCGGCAAGCCCUUUUCAUUAAGUCCUGCCACUCGAAAUGUCCCGCGCGACUCCACACACAGCUUCCAGAACCCAAGCAGUCUGUCAGACAGUGACAUGGACGACGACGCCCCUCCACCCUACGAAUCGAUCGAUUUCGAUCAUGCGUCGCCUUCACCGUCAAGGGACUCGGACUCGGAUAUCGUCCAAAUCUCCGGUGUCUACAACGUAUCGUCGCCGCAGCUGGAUCAUUACCAUACCCUCGCCCUCCAAAUCGACCAUUACACCGACGAACUCUGGGGCAGCUUCCAGAUCGGAGCACACUCUGGAGUCAUCCGCAUGACCAGUAUCGAGGGCAUUACGAAAGGUCGUCCUGUUUCGUUUGGCUGGCGCUCAAGAAACGACAAUACUGGCCAGUUGAAGUUUGGACGAGCUUGUAAUGGCUCGAUGGUGUUCGACGGCCACGAAGGUGUCCAUGGACACUUUUAUGGUUUUCUGUACGGAGAUGACCUGGUGUUCGUGGGAAGCCUGGAGGACGACACGCCUGGUAUGGUUGAUCUCGAUGAUCUGCGUGAGCAGUGGGACAGUUUUCCUCGAAUUGCGUAUGAUAGAGACUGA